UCGCAGAGGACCGGUAGGGAUUCUGGAAGAGGAGGUGCGGGGCCGUACCGAGGGGGCGGCCGCCAGAGCAUGCGCACGGGCUCUGCAGCGGUCGGGCGCGGAGUUGGGGCGCGGGGACGCGGGGCGGCGCGAAGCGGGGCCCUCUGCCGCCCCGCGCUCUCAUGUACGCCUUCUACUCGCUGCUCAUCUAUAUCUUCUACAGCCUCUUUCGCAGGGAUGGCGGGGCCGCGGCGGCCGCCGACCCUGGGAACCCCGCCCAGAGUGCCCGCGGCAAGCCCGGGGGUCGCCGCCGCCCCGACCAGCCCACCGCAGAGCUGUGGACCGAGCUGACCGGCCUGGUCGGCUGCUCGGAGUCCGAGGAUGGGCCGGGAGGGGCAGCGGAGGGCCGUCCGGCCGAGGUCUCACUGGAGGAGGCUCUCGUGCGUCUUGCGGAGUUCCUCUCAGUCCAGCUGGGGGCGGAAGAGAGCUUCGGGAAUUCUGCCGACCUGAGCAAGCCUGGUGAUGUUCCCCCACUGUUGACGGUGACCGGUCAGCUCUUGGCCCUCCUGGCAUGGAUUCGGAGCCCCAGGGGGAGGCAGGUCCUGCCCCAGGCAACGCAGCCAGCCUCAGGGGUGCAGCCCCCCACUCCUGCUGGAUCCCCAUCCCAAGAAGAAAGCCCUCCUGUUUCACCAAGGGGUGAGGCCCAGGGGCAGCAGCCUCCUCAGUUAGAGGAGGACCAGAGAGCUUGGCAGCGGCUGGGACAGCUUAUCCUUGGACAGCUGGAAGAGCUGAAGCAGCAGCUGGAACUGCAGGAGAAGGAGCUGGGCCAGCUGCGUGUGGGAGUGGGGGCGACAGACUCGGAGAAAAGGGUUCAGCAUCUGACUCUGGAAAACAAGGCCCUGAAACAGAGCCUGAGCCUUACUCGGGACCUCCUGCUGCACUGGGGCCCCGCCCCCCCCAACAGGGCCCCGCAGGAACAGGAGGAGGCAGAGGCACUGCUGGAGCUCCGGGGCCGGCUUCAAGAGGCCCAGGACACCACAGAAGCUCUCCGAGUCCAGCUAGGGGUGCAGGAGGUGCAGCUUCAGGGCCUUCGGGGGGCCCUCCGGCAGCUCCAGCAGGAGGCUGAGCAGAAGUGCAGGAGGGAGCUGCAGCAGAUGCGCGGGCAGCUGGCAGGACUUCGUGCUCGCAUGGCCAGCUUGCGUCAGGGCUGUGGGGAUCUCCGAGGACUGGUCAGCACCUUUACCCAGAGCUGCCAGGGUUCGCUGAGCGAAGCCCGGGGCCAGGUAUCGUGGGCCCUGGGGGCACUGUCAGCGGGCGGGGCUGGGACUCAGCUCCUUGAGGCACAGCAGGGGCCCCCAACUGGAUGCCCAGGGCGGCUGCUGGAGCUCAAGGGAAACAUCCGUGUGCUCUGUCGGCUGAGGCCAGGGACACCCUCCAACUUGGUGAGCUUAGAGCCCGGCCCGGGUGGCACUGUCACCACCUGCUAUCGAGGGCACCAGCGUCGCUUCCGCCUGGACUGGGUCUUCCCUCCACACGCCAGCCAGGAGGAGGUCUUCAGGGAGCUGGAGUCGGCUGUGCUGUCCUGCCUCGGAGGCUACAGUGUCUGCAUUUUCACCUACGGUCAGACAGGGACAGGAAAGACCUACAGCAUGGAGGGCCCACCUGAGGACCCUGGCAUAGCUCCUAGGGCGCUGCAGUCACUGUUCCGGGAGAUGGGAACAGGGGGACAGCACCACGUGACCCUCAGCAUGGUGGAGAUCUACAACGAGGCUGUCAGGGACCUCCUAGCCCCAGGGCCUCCCCAGCGCCUGGCAGUGAGGCAGGGCCCAGCAGGCGAAGGGGGGAUCCAGGUGGCUGGCCUCACCCACUGGGACGUGCCCAAUCUGGAGUCGUUGCACCAGAUGCUGAACCUGGGGAGGAGCAACCGGGCCACCGCCGCCACAGCCAUGAACCAGCACAGCUCUCGUUCGCACGCCCUGGUCACGCUGACGCUGCGCACGGCGUCCCCAUCAAGCGGUCCCGGCACCGCAGGCACGCUGCACCUAGUGGACCUGGCAGGGUCCGAGCGCGCCUGGAAGGCAGGGGCGGCCGGCACGUCGCAUGAAGACCGGGAAGGCGCUCAGCGUCUGCGGGAGGCUCGGACCAUCAACCGCUCGCUGCUGGCGCUGGGAGGAGUGAUGGCCGCGCUGCGGGCUCGCCGGCCACACGUGCCCUUCCGCGACUCGCAGCUCACGCGCCUGCUGCAGCCCGCACUGGGCCCUGGCGCCACCGCUGUGCUGCUGCUGCAGGUGGGGCCAGGCGGCCGCGGCCCGCGGGAGGGUCGUUUGCAUGCCAGGCGCCGCCCACCCGGGCCCGCCCACCAGCGCCGCUCCCCGCAGGUCUCCACGCGGCCCGAGGAUCUCGGCGAGACCGUGUGCUCGCUCAAGUUCGCCGAGCGAGUGGGGCGAGUGGAGCUGGGGCCUGCUAGGCCCCGCAGGGCCCCGCGCUCCGGGACGCCCUCCUCCCUGAGCACCGACACACCACUCUCUGGGACCCCCUGCACCGCCACGCCCUCGCCCGGCAGCCCUCCAAGCCCCGGCCUGGACAGCGGCUCCAGCUCGGCCCUGGCACCGCCGGAGGACCUGCCUUCGUAGUCCUGCCCGAGGAGUCUGGGUCGCGUCUCUGCCGGCAGAGGCAGCGAAGUCCCUAUUCCCCCCACGACCUCCUUGAUCUCUGGGGGCCCGCUGCCCCCCAGACUCCCAGAGUCCACCCCUUUCUGUCCCGCCCCCAGAAGUGUUCCGCCUGGGGUAAUGAUCACACCAUCGCGCCCCCCCCCUCCCCCGCCCCGGCCCAGGCCCUUAGCUUAUCACCAUCUGCUGUUAUCGCCGCGCACAGCAGGGGAUCCCAGAGUCGCGGAGGCAGACCCUGGCCAAGUGGCCACCAGACUCACUACCCCAUCACCAAACAUCAGACUUGCAUUAAAAUGUCGUUUGUUCCUUUA